GCUGUUUGUGGUGAUUAUGGAGGAAAAGCCCUGUAACUGUGAAAAAUGAGCCCACCAUCAUUGUAAUUUCCUAAUAAUAUGUGCUUGCUCUAAAUGUGUAUCCGUGCACCAGCAAAAUAUUCGUAACCUUUAAAACUACCGUAUACAAACGCUUAUGAAUUUUAGACGAAAUAAAAUCGGCAACUUCCUUCGCACAACAAAAACUGCCACAUUACCGACACUCCCAAUUACGACUCUAGGAGUACUACAUACACAGCCUAGUCAAUAUGGAACCAGGAAUUCCCCUUGCCCCGUGGGAACCGCUCACUAAUUGGUAUGAUACCAAAUUAGAAGACAUCAUACCCCACCAUGGAUUUGUCUUCAAAGAAGGCCACAAGAUCUUCAAAGCCAAGCAAGACUGGGUUCGAGUCAAAUGGGCCAUCGAGGCACCCGCGCCUACCCUCGAAGAAGAAAAGGUCGAUGCCGUACUAGCCGCUAUCAUGAAUGAUGCGAACAUCAUUGCCAAUACCUUUCAGCAAACUUAUUUUGCUUCUAUCGACUACAGCCGCUUCCCUACUGAUGCCAUUCUCGAAUCAGCGCGUAAAGGGCACAACUGGACUGAAAUUGUACCUGAUGGUCGAUUCCCCCUUCUCAUGAAGAAACUGAUCCGCGCACGCACUCUUUACAACCGAAUCACCUGGAUUCUGGGUCGUUCCGAGGCCGAAAAGAGUAAGCAGCAGGGAAAGCUGGCAACAGCUAUCGAUGAGUGGACCAGAACGCGUCCGGUCGACAAUCCCAAACCGUGCUACGCGCGGAUGCCUCAGUACCUCAAAGAUUCAAGGGCGACCACUCAGACGACGACAACCCUGCUGACUACGGUGCGAGCAAGGGCACGAAGAAGAAACCUAAGAAGAUCUUGAGCGAUGAAGACGCGCCCUGGGUGCACACUAAUUACGCGUCUAACUCCAAGUCCGUGCUAGAGUCAAUGGAAGAUGAAGACGACGAGAAUGCGCCAUGGAUUCCUUGGUCCCAAACUAUACGUGCACGCCAGCUAAUACACAACCCUAUGAAAGAGGAGCGUUUGUUGUCGUACCACAUGUGAGCAACAUGAAGGAAUUACGGAGGGUAUUCGGGGUGGACACGGAGCAGGCACGGAAAAGGGGGGAUGAAAUACGGAAUGAAACAAGGUAGUGGGGCCGAUUGUUAGCGUUAAGAAACGGAAGAGGCCGGUAUGUAUUGUGAGCUGGG